AUGUCAUUCAAACUGUACAGGAGGUAAUUAAAAAAGAGUCUGGGGACUUCGAUAUCGGUGCAAAUGCCAGUCAGGAAGAGGCAGCAGAAGAAGUAGAGGAGAGCGUUACAAGAGGCAUUGACAUUGUCCUCAACCAGCACCUGGAAGAAUGCACUCAUGAUUAUUCCGUGAAAGCUUUCAAUUUAUUCUUAAGGGACUACUGCAAAAGAAUUGUCAAGUCAAUCAUGGAAUCAGACUUGAGUGAUGAAGAGAAGAAAGCACAAACUACUUCUUUCAAGGAGGAGGCUGUGAAAUUUACUACCAUAGUGAAGCAGAAUUUUGAUGAGAUCCAGUUCUUCAGAUUCCCGAUAGAUUAUGAAGACCCCAAAGACAUCACUGGCUAUGUUAUUCCCCUUCAUCGUGACAAGGACACAGAUGCCAUCACCAUGUGGUUCUUCCGACGUGGACUCAAGGAAGAGAAAUGUUAACCAAGGACAGUGUUUAAAUAAAGGAGCUCAUCAAUGGCCGCCCUGACAGAAGAGCUGCCAUCAGACAUUGGACAUGCGAACACUUAAGCCCAACACAGUCGUCUGCUUUUAUCUCUCAUAUCUUUUAGAAAUCGCAUGUGCCAAAAUAUAAGUCACUGAAUAUUUGUACAGAUAAUUUAUUGUAAGGGAUCUACAUUUUUAUGCUUUACGUAUGCAAGCCUUGGCCGUGCAUACAUUUUGAACAUCUUACAUUGCAAUCAGUAUAACUUUUCACAUUAUGCGAUUUCCAAAAGAUGUCACAACGGGCAAGCUUUGGGAAGAUCAAUAAAGCUUAAAAUGUUA